AUGUCUGACUUUUUUAUAGUUCCCUGUGUCCCAGUCGAUGUAUCUGUGGUGAUGGACUGUGCCACUGCUGAAGCACUUGUGUCAUGGAAUGCAAGCGAUGGGGCACUGUACUACAUUGCUUAUGCCUGGAGCCCAUCAUUUGAUUUCUUGUCCUGUACUAGCGAUGGCCCUGAUGCCUACUGCAUCCUGAGUAAUCUCACCUGUGGAGAUAAUUACACUGUCCAGGUGGUUGCUGAAGGUCAUGAAUGCUCCAGUCUGCCCAGUCAGGCAACACAGUUCCACACAGUUCCCUGUGCACCAGUUAUUACUACAACACACUUGGACUGCAACACAGACUCGUUACUGCUGCAGUGGACUCAGAUCAAGGGCUCGAUCUCUUACACUGCUGAUGCCAGGACACCUGAAGGCCUGAUGUCCAACUGCUCCAGCAAUUACACUCACUGUGAACUGACAGGACUGACUUGUGGACAAACAUACAAUGUUAGCAUUGUAUCAUACGAUGGAGUAUGCCAAAGCACACGUGGAAUCGCCCUGAAUGUGGCAUCCGUACCCUGUCCACCUCAGGAUGUGGAGUCCACUUUACUCUGUUCUUCAAACUCUGCACAUGUGCAGUGGAACACCAGAGGAGGGGCGGAGUCAUACGAGGUGCAAGCCAUUGACAAUGAUGGCCAUUUGACAAGAUGUAACAGCGCAAAUACUUCCUGUGUUGUGUCUAACCUUAUUUGUGGCUCCAUGUACAACAUCAGUGUGUUUGCUAUUGGCCAGAAUUGUAACGUCUCAAAGAGUGCAAUCACAAGACUGCAGUCAGCCCCAUGUGUUCCUCACCAGCCUGUGGCAAACCUAAACUGUGAAUCAGGUGUGGUUGAUGUGUCCUGGCAGUCCAGCAAAGGAGCUUUGCUUUACACUGCUGUUGCUCAGGGCAACGGGGGAUUUGCAUCAUCAUGCAGCAGCAACGGUACCGCAUGCGAGUUCACUGACCUGUUGUGUGGGCUCACCUACAGCAUCAAUGUGACGGCCUCAGACCACACAUGUACCAGCGCACAGAGUCAUAGCGUUCUGCUGGACACAGUUCCGUGUAAGCCACAGGAAAUAGUGGCUCAAAUGGAAUGUGGGAGUCACAUGGGCUUAGUGUCCUGGGAACAAGAAACAACAGUUGUUUCGUACCUGGUGCAUGCAUCCAGUCCAGAUGGGCAUGAAAUACAAUGCAGUGGUCCCGUUCCCAGCUGCAAAUUACCCAGCAUGCAUUGUGGUCAAGCCUACAACAUCACAAUUACAGCCCAGGACAGCCACUGUGACAGCAGAAGUGCCUUUGUAACAUUGCAGUCAGUUCCAUGUGCUCCCACAAGCGUUCAGGCCUCUCUGGUUUGCCUGUCUAACUCUGCGGCUGUAAUGUGGCAAAAUGCCAGUGGAGCUCUGUUGUAUGAGGUUGAAGGCAUCACUGUAGAUGGCACCCAUACAGCCCACUGCAAUAACACUGAGACCCACUGUGAGCUGAGGGAGUUGCUCUGUGGACAGACAUAUAAUGUGUCUGUGCUGUCUAUGGACCACAUGUGUAGCAGUGAAGAGAGCACAUUCACACAAGUUCACACUGCACCUUGUCCUCCUCAGGCUGUAAAUGUUCAGGUGAACUGCUCCGCUGGCUUCAUGACUGUCACAUGGGCAGCCAAUCCAGAUGCACAAUCUUUCCAUGUGAGGGCAACCAGUGGAGGAGUUUCUCUCUCAUGUGACUCCAAUUCUACCAGCUGUUCAAUCAAUGCAUUAUCAUGUGGACGCUCAUAUUCUGUUACUGUAACAGCGAUUCGCAAUGCCUGUGAGAGUCAGCCCAGCACAGCUGUAAAUGUGUCCUCAGCUCCUUGUGUUCCUGAAGGAGAGACGGGAAACCUGGACUGUGUUAUGAACUCAGCCUGGGUGUCAUGGUUACCAGCAGAGGGGGCGGAGUCUUACUCUGUGCUGGCAGUGGAAAGGGGCGGGGCUAAUGCUAGCUGCUCAACUACAAGUCAGCAAUGCAACGUUCCUGACUUGCAGUGUGGAGCCACGUACACCUUCCAAGUCAUUGCUUUGAAUUCAUUCUGCACAACCAGAUCCAAUAACACCUUCCAGAUACAAACAGCUCCGUGCACUCUCACCGCCAUCACUGCACACACAGACUGUUAUAGCAGCCGAAUAACAGUCAACUGGCAGCUGAAUGAAGGCUCUUCUCUGUAUGUGGCCACAGCAGUAGGUCAAGAUCAAAGCAUCUUAAUGUGCAACAGUACAGGCAUUUCCUGUGACCUCACCGAUGUGCAGUGUGGAAUGCAGUACACCAUUAUAGUCUCCCCCUCCUCAGACAAAUGCAGCGGCAUGCGAAGUCCUCCCUACAAGAUCAACACAGCACCAUGUGUUCCUCAAAAUGUAUCAGUGAAGCCAUUGUGUGAUUCAAGUGGUAUGCAGGCAUCAUGGUCACAGUCUGUAGUGGCAGAGUCUUACUCCCUUGUGGCCACGGGAACAGAUGGGGAUGUCCGAACCUGCAGAACCACCACCAGCAAUUGCACCCUGUCCCAACUCCAUUGUGGACAGCUGUAUAACAUUAGUAUAACUGCUUCAGCUGGAAACUGCACCAGUCUAUCCAGCCAAGAGAUCAUCCUCCACACGGUUCCGUGCAAACUGCAAAACUUCAGUGUCUCCGUGAACUGUGACUCCAGGACAGCCACACUCUCCUGGGAUAAGAGCCAAGAUUCACUGCAGUACUACACAUGGGCUCAAACAAACGAUGGGCAUACGCUUCACUGUGACACCACUGGUAAUUCAUGUAACAUCCAGGGACUGACUUGUGGGAUGGUGUAUAACUUCAGUGCACAGGCUUCAGAUGGGACCUGUAACAGCUCACUCGAUGUGCCAGUCCAGAAGGGUGCAGUCCCUUGUCCUCCUGCCAGUGUGAGGUUGAGAACCCAUGUGAUGGACGAUGCUACUCUACUUAGGAGUUCCUGGAGUUCUGUGAGCUGUCCUAACGUCACUUACCUGGUGCAGGUGACCGGGCAGAUCCAGGACAGCCCACAGUCUCUCAUGGAUGUGUCAUCCUAUUGGACAGAACGUGACUUCUUUGAGAUCCCUGUGCCGUGUAGCACUUCUUACAACUUACGUGUCUUUGCACAAAACUCAGCUGGGACCAGCAGACCAUCGCAGUCUAUUGAUGGUGUCACAGUUCCCUGUCCUCCACUGGAUGUGACCUUCACAGGUGAUCAAUCCUCAGCCACUGUGGCCUGGACGUCUUCCGUUCUUAGCACAGAGUACACUGUGUACCUGAUGAGCUCUGAUUUCAGGGUGCCUGUCUGCACAACAUCAAACCUCAGCUGUCAGGUCUUUGGUCUGCUGGCUUCUGAUGUUGCUGUGACAGCCAUGAACAGUGCAGGAGAGAGCAUUGUUUCAAGAGUACUUACUGAUGUGCUGUCUAUCCCUGAAGUGACAGUUUUACCUGGGGUGGGACUGUCACUGCAGGUCGAGUGGUCUCCUGUAAUGGGGGCAGAUUCCUACAACCUGAUUGUGAGAGAGGACACCUUGUCUCGCCCUAUGAAAGAGGUCCUGUACAUCUAUGAUCAGACUGCUGCAGUUCUAAAUAAUCUAGAACCUGCCACUAGCUACUGUGUCAUCGUGUCUGCCAAAAACAUCAACAGCCAAAGUCCAUAUUCAACACCUGUUUGUGUCACCACUGGGGUGUCCGUUUAA